UCUGAAGCAGGGAAGGAUGUCAGUGACUGAAUAUGAUAGGAUGUUUUGCGAUAUGUCUCGCUAUGCGCCUGGUUUAGUGGACACAGACGAGAAAAUGGCAGAAAAGUUCUGUACCGGCCUGAUGUCAGAGAUAAGAAUGGCACUGGCUAGCCAUGGAGGUCUGUCUUACGUUGAAUCACUGGGCCGAGCCCUUGACAUCGAGGCAACCAUGCCUAAGGAGAGGCCGACUGCACCUUUCACUACUGCUCCACCGCUGCAACAACAGCAGGUCCCUCGAGAAAAGAUGAAGUGGGAAGGAGACCACGUCUCGACUGAAGCUAAGAAGUCACAGUUCGCUCUAAGGCCACCGCAGAACAGUGGGCGUCAGACUGCCCCAACUCAAGCUGUGGAGCGCCGAGCCCAGGCCCCUCGCUGUGCAAGAUGCUCAAGGAACCAUCACGGAGAAUGCAAGGCCGGAACCGAUGGGUGCUUCAACUGUGGCCAGAAGGGACAUUUCUCCAGGAACUGCCCAAGCAAAGUAGCUGGGACGGGAGGACAGCGUUCGCAACUUUACGAUUUUGAAAUUUGUUACGUGCAGCGCUUCUCGUGCUUUUUCUCGCCAUUGUAGGUGCGCUCUCGAUUAAUGGUUGAUAGUAUUGUCUUGUUUAUCAGUUUGUGACAUCAAUGAAGACAGAGUGGGUAUGAUUGCUAUAGUUCUAAUUUUGUCAAAAAUACUUCAGUUUGUUUAACUGCAGCAGUAAACAUCCUUGUGGCGAUCACAGUGGGAUUUGCCAGUGCUUUGGUUCUGUCAUUUGUUUUGAUGGAAAACUGUAAGAAACUUUACAUUCGUUUGUCUUUUUAGUAGUAUCAUUCAUUUAUCUGUUUUGAUGGUCAAAUAUUCGUUCAUUAUCAUCAUGUAUCCGAUGUUCUUGCAGUUACCUAUUCAUUUGGAGAUGAUGUGGCACCUAAAUUCAUAUUCACUGGUGCGCUUUACAUCUAUGUCUGAUUAUGAAUUGCAUCGGUGCUGUCUUUCAUAUGAAGAUUUGGAGAAAUUUAUGUUUUUGUUUGGUGUCAUCUCGAGUAUGAUCAUAUGUGCACCAAGGAUCAUCAUUGGUCCUUUCGCUGUGUGGUUUCUGAUUUACAAAUUCCGAAGAAGGCGUUAUUCCACAUAUGAUGCUAUAGAAAGCUACCUACAAGGCGAUAACAAACUCGUGCCAAUAAGGUACUCGUAUUUGGAUCUGAAAAGGAUGACUAAAGGUUUCCAAGAAAAACUGGGUGAAGGAGGCUACGGUUCUGUUUACAAAGGGAAGCUCCGAAGUGGCCUUCAUGUAGCAGUUAAACUGUUGGAGAAAUCCGGAGGAAAUGGGCCAGAUUUUAUGAAUGAAAUAGCAACUAUUGGAAGGAUACACCAUGUCAAUGUAGUGACAUUGGUGGGCUAUUGUGCACAAGGCUCCAAGCGUGCCCUUGUCUAUGAUUUCAUGCCAAAUGGUUCCCUCGAAAAGUACCUUUUUAAUCGACAAGAAAAGAGUUCCUUAAAUUGGGACACUAAGUUUGAGAUUGCGGUGGGAGCUGCUCGAGGGAUUGAGUAUUUACAUCGAGGGUGUGAUGUUCAGAUCUUACAUUUGGACAUCAAACCUCAUAAUAUACUUCUUGAUGGCAAGUUUGUACCCAAAAUAUCUGAUUUUGGGCUGGCAAAGUUUUUCUCCAUAGAUAAGAAAGCAGUGACCAUGACCGCUGCUAGAGGAACCAUAGGGUAUGUUGCUCCAGAACUAAUUAGCAGGAGUAUUGGGGAAGUGUCGUACAAGGCUGAUGUGUAUAGUUUCGGGAUGUUGUUGGUGGAAAUGGUAAACUUAAAGAAAGACUUGGUAGGAGUGAAUGAUGGUCUAGAUCAGUAUUUUCCAAAUUGGAUUUAUGAGUGUUUUAACCAAAGCAAAGAAAUUGAAAUGCUCAAAGCUAUUGAAGGUGUUGGCUACGAUGAUGAUAGCAUUAGGGAUAUUGCUCUGAAGUUGACGAUAGUUGCAUUGUGGUGCAUACAAAUGAAUCCAAAUGAUCGUCCAUCAAUGAGUAUGGUAUUGAAAAUGUUGGAAGGUAAUGUUCAACGUCUACAGAUUCCUAGGUACCCAUCUCAGUCCAACAAUAUUGUUAUUAAUGUCGAUCAAUCUGAGAUUUCAUAUUCCACUAGCUCUAUGUUGGCUACCUUAUGAUAUUUCUUCCUCUUCAUAGAUUACUGCUGAAGAGUAUAUGUAAAUAUA